ACAUCGCGAUCGCUCCUCGCCAAAUGUACUAAAUUACCAGAGUAACAACUUUAACCCUCUUGAUGAUGUAACAAUUGUUUUGUCCCUCUUCACGGCAGCAACUUUCAAGAGACUGAACCACCUUUUUUCUACAUCAUCCUCAUCCUGAUCCAGCCAUGGCCGUGUCCAUCUCAAGCGACCUGUUCGUCCGCGUGCAGGAGGACGUUAACCUCACGAAAAUAACGGAGAGACAACAAGCUCUGCGCGAGAGCCUGCAGAAGGGAGAGCCAAAAGCUCUAGGGGUCACCCAGUUGAUGUUGGGCUUGUUGGUGGUGACCUACUCCUUCCCUCUGUGCCUCACCACCUUCUCUGAGGUCCUCAACACCGGGACCCCCUGGUGGAGCGGCCUGGUCUUCAUUGCAGCCGGAGUGACCGCUAUUAUCACGGAGAAGCGCUGCACCAUCAAGAGUCUGCGCGUGUGUAUGCUGGUCACACUUGGGUCCGUGCUGGUGUCCCUGGUAGCAGCGGUGGUCUACAUCACAGACCUGGUCAAGAACCCAGAGAUCCCCUGUGUAAAGUCACGGGGGUACGGCAACAUGUGUGAAGACCCGUACUACGUCAAUAAGCUGAGUCGAGGGGUGAAGUCAUCUCUCUUCUUAUUCACGUUGACCCAGACCACGAUCUCCUCGACCUUCUGCUUCCUGCUCUACCGCGUCAGAAACAAUUUCUCCCAGUACUCGACUCUCAACGAACAGGCCUUAGACACGCCCACAUCAGUCAUUCCCCCUGACUGAAGCUGACCUGUGAUUGGACGAGGCAGUAUCAUCAUCCUAGACGCUGAUGUGUCACAUGUCUGUCACUCAAACUGCCAUCCUAGAGAGAGGGAGGAGGGAGGGGAAAAGGGAGGGAGGGGAAAAGGGAGGGAGGAAGGAGGGAGGGAGUAGGGAGGGAGGGAGGGAGGGAGGAAGGAGGGAGGGAGGAGGGAGGGAGGGAGGAGGGAGGGAGGAAGGAGGGAGGGAGUUGUGUGCAAUGAAAUGUUGUUGAAGACCAACUAAGGUGGUUGGGGGAGAAGGUGUUUCUUCUACACGUUGUGGUUUUAGUUUGGUUGUUAAUCGUUUGUCCUCUUGGGUCUUGGGAUUUUUUAUACAUGUAAAAAUGUGUUUGUGUUUUGCUCCCUCCAACAUUUACAUCUUCUGUACCGCCUCACAUAUUCUGAUAUAUUUUCUACUAAAUAAAACCACAGGCCUUUCUGUGCUAUCAAAGA